AUGCCUUCCUCUCUCAUGGUUUCUCGUCUGUAUACAAAAACUAGAAUACCACCGUUCGCCCAUGUUCUUGUCCAACAAACAAAAGAAUUAGCUAUACCAAAUCAACGACGACACUAUAGAGGAACUUUACCUACGGCAUUGAUUACAACUCUCCUAUUGUUUAUGAUUAAAUUACCAUCAUACGUCAAACGAUAUUCUCACUAA